AUGGCUCAGGAACAGCCCGCUGUCGUCGUCCUGCUGGACACCGACAGCGAGCGAGAAGAAACGUGCAGCUUCUCAGAGGCAGGUGAGGAAGAGGAGGAGGAGGAGGAGGAGGAGGAAGGGAGGCGCCGAUGGGCGCUCGCCACUCACCUGCGGGAGGAGGGGGGAAAGGAGCCUCCCCCAAAGCUGACCAGAGACAGGGGAGAAAAGCGAACCUAUGUUCCUCUGUCAUUCAAAGACAGAACUUUAUCUGAGAUUAUUUCUAUCAGUUCUUUGGAAGAAGUGUCUCCCACGAGUCACCAGAGACCAAGAGGAAUUCUGUCUUUGGUGGAUGAUAGUUCCAAGGAUGUAAAUUCUGUAAGAUCUAUAGAAGAAUUAAAUCUAGUGAAGUUCAGCAAAGAAAACAUUGCAUAUGAAAUAAGCUAUAAAGGAAGAAAUAUAGAAGAAAUCUGUAUAUGUUGUGGAGAGCUUGAGAUUCAUACUCAGCACCCUUUGUUUCAUGGAGGAAUGUGUGCUCCAUGCACAGAGAAGUUUCUGGAGCGCUUCUUCCUGUGUGAUGAUGAUGGCUACCAAGCUGACUGUGCCAUCUGCUGCUGGGGCAACUCUCUGAUAAUGUGUGAUGAUCCCAGAUGCCACAGGUGUUUUUGUGAAGAAUGUAUUGAUACGCUUGUUCAUCCUGGGCAUUCAAAGGGAGUCAGAGAAACCAGCCCUUGGCUUUGUUUCAUGUGCCAGUCACAAGAUGGACAUGGGCUGCUCAAGAGGAGGACAAGAUGGCGUGAAGAACUGAAGCAUUUCUAUGAUCAGGAAUCUAACUCUCUUGAAAUAUAUCAGCCAUUGUCCCCACGGGAGAGAAAACCCAUCCAUGUGCUCUCUUUAUUUGAUGACAUUACACCGGAACUGAAAAGCUUUGGGUUCCUGGGGGAAAAUAUGAGCAAUGGACGAUUGAAGUAUUUGGAUGAUGUCACAAAUAUGACAAGAAAACAUAUAGAAGAAUUGGGCCUGUUUGAUUUUAUAUUUGGGUCCACUCCACCAGUGGCAAGGUCAUACAAAUACCCCUCUGCCUGGUACUUUUACCAAUACUUUCGAAUACUUCAGUAUGGAAGACCCACAGAAGGAAGCAAGAAGCCCUUCUUCUGGCUCUUUGUAGACAACCUUGUUCUUGAUGAAGAAGAUAGAGAUACAGCUUCUCGUUUUUUUAAGGUGGAGGCAGUAGUCAGAUAUAAGAUACAAGGUGACAUCAUCCAGAAUGCAGUACAUGUAUGGAGCAACAUUCCAUCGGUUAACAGCAAAUACUGUGCUACAUCUGUUUAUACAGAUUUGUUCCUGUUGGCAGAAGACAUAUGUAGAAGCAGAAUCUUCUCUGAGCGUCCAGCCACUCUGAUAAGGGAGUUUUUUGUUCCCUUGAAAGACUAUUUUAGGGCUUUUUUCUAA